CUUUCAUUUAAAUGAACAAAAAUAAGGAUUUAAAACUCCAAUUUGUGUACACGACAGUGAAAAGAAGAAGCAAGCAGUAAAGAAGGGAAAAGAUGAAGUGUCCGUACUGUUCGGCGGCGCAGGGGCGUUGCGCCACAACGAGCACCGGAAAAUCCAUCACAGAGUGCACAUCAUGCGGACGCGUAGUAGAAGAGCGACAAUCCCAUCCCCACCACUUAUUCCACCUGCGCGCCCAAGAUAACCCCCUAUGUCUCGUCACAUCAGAUCUCCCUCUCCCCACACUCCAUUCUCAAAACAACAACGAACACCCCAACGACGAAGACCCAUUCGAUCCCACGGGCUUCAUCACAUCAUUCUCCACAUGGUCCUUAGAGCCCAACCCACUCUACCUUCAAUCUUCCCUCUCUUUCUCUGGUCACCUCGCCGAACUCGAACGCACUCUCGAAUCAUCUUCUACAUCUUCCUCUUCCUCUGUUGUUGUUGAUAACCUUAGGGCUUACAUGCAGAUUAUCGAUGUUGCUUCAAUACUUGGCUUAGAUUGUGAUAUUUCAGAUCACGCUUUUCAAUUGUUUAGGGAUUGUUGUUCCGCUACUUGUUUGAGAAAUCGUAGUGUUGAAGCACUUGCUACCGCUGCUCUUGUUCAGGCCAUUAGAGUGGCUCAAGAACCUAGAACACUUCAGGAAAUUUCAAUUGCAGCCAAUGUUGCCCAAAAGGAAAUCGGGAAAUACAUCAAGAUACUGGGAGAAGCCUUACAGCUAAGUCAACCUAUUAACAGCAAUUCCAUAUCAGUUCAUAUGCCAAGAUUUUGCACUCUUCUUCAGCUCAAUAAAUCUGCUCAGGAACUGGCUACUCACAUAGGAGAGGUUGUGAUCAACAAAUGCUUCUGCACUCGCAGGAAUCCAAUUAGCAUCUCAGCCGCCGCCAUAUAUUUGGCUUGCCAACUAGAAGACAAACGCAAAACCCAGGCCGAAAUUUGCAAGGUAACCGGUCUUACUGAAGUCACUCUCCGUAAAGUAUACAAGGAAUUACUGGAGAAUUGGGAUGAUUUACUUCCCUCCAAUUACACUCCAGCUGUUCCUCCGGAACGGGCAUUUCCCACUACCGUAAUUGCUUCGGGACGUUCUUCAACAACUAAGACUGAUGCCAUAGAGGUUAUUUCUUUGGACUCGGAAAGGUUGGCAGAAUUUAAACCAAGCAAACCUAAUGAAGUCAUGAUCCAUCAGUCAAGGGGAAAAGACGAGGCAGAGGGUAAAAGCAAUGGCCGUGCGAGCCAUUCCACACUGAAUCAACAAUCAACUUUUUGGCCCAGCGGGACACACAAUCAUCAAAAUCAGAAUGUUUUUCAUGGAAUGGAAAUUGAUGUGUUGCAAUCCAUGGCAGAGGACACAAAUGGUACUGCUCUAUCUAGUUCUCUAAAAUCAAACCAACUUUACAGUCCUCCUGCUUCAAGUUCAAGCUCUGUUAUGAGGUCGUUUUCACAUCCUCCUUCAUCUGCUCCUCCAAAUAUUCGAUUAGCGCAAUCCGCCAAAACGACGGGUUUUCCUGAGCACUAAGAUGUGUUCCUUGUAUCAAUGCUUAGCGUAAUAAGCAAAAUGAGUAGGUUUCUUCGGGAGUAAAUUAUUGUAUAUAUGUAUUGUGUUAUUUGGUUUGUAUCUGAGGUAAUUUUUGUUGACUGCUGGAAUUAGUCGUCUACAAAAACUCAAAUAAUAAACCAUAAGUCACUUAUAGUUGACUUAACACUAAUUCGUUUCAUAUUGCGUUGUUUCUCAUCUUGAGUUUUUGUUGUCUUUUCCACAUUUGUAAUUCUGAAUGCAAGUUUGUAGAAGUGGCAGAAAUAAAACAUUUGACUUUUGGUCAGUAUGUUUAAGUGUUAAAA